AUGUCCAACUUCAUGAUGAAAGAGUUUGAGAACCUUAGAAUUCGAUUUGAAGUCAUACGACAAGUUACCAAUAACUUUAGUCCCAACAAUUACCUUGGAAAAGGUGGGUACGGAGUGGUAUAUCGAGGGGAAUUCAUCUAUUCUCAGGGUCCUUCGACCAUGGUUGCUAUCAAACGUAAUUUAACAUUGGGGCAAGGGGAGAUCGAGUUCUGGAGAGAAAUAAUGAUGCUCUCUUGUUAUAAACAUGAGAAUCUCGUCUCCCUUCUAGGAUUUUGUGAUGAGAAUGGGGAACGAAUCCUUGUGUACAACUAUGCACCUAAUAAGAGUCUUGAUCAACAUCUUCACAACACCAAUAUCUCUUGGAUUCAACGUCUGAAGAUAUGUAUUGGAGCAGCUCGUGGCUUGGAGUACCUUCACAAUCCCAGGGGUACACAACAACGAAUCCUGCAUCGUGAUAUCAAAAGUUCCAACAUCUUGUUGGAUGAAAAUUGGAAUGCCCAAAUUGCAGAUUUUGGCCUGUCAAAAUAUGGUCCUGCUAACCAAGCAUAUACGUUUGUUAUCUCUAAUAUUUCAGGAACUCCUGGGUAUUGUGAUCCCAUGUACGUGGAAACAAUGUUAUUGACCAAGGAAUCAGAUGUAUACUCAUUCGGCGUAGUGUUACUUGAAGUUUUGUGCUCAAGGCCUGUUAUUGAAGAAAGCUAUAAAGAUGAUCGCCGAGUUCUAACCCAGUUGGCAAAGAAGUACUAUGCCCAGCAGAAACUUCAUACAAUCAUCAAUGAUACUCUAAGGCAACAAAUGGUACAACCUUCUUUUGAUACGUUUGCCGCAAUUGCAUAUCAAUGUGUGCAAAGAGAUCCAAAAGACCGCCCUCCUAUGGCUUUGGUCGUGAGCCAGCUUGAAACUGCCCUUGGUUUUCAUGAAGUGAGAAAUGUUAUACCAAGAAAUGUCAACUUUGCAUCAUCAUCUUCAGAACCAUCCUCUACUCCGAGUGACAUCCCACAACCACCAAAAACAUAUGUACAAGCUAAUAACCAAAAUCCACAAGGACGUAAAAGACUCGCUCAACCAAGUCCUGCAUUGAGACUUGGUCGGGGGCGUUGA